GAUUACAUUCAAGAAUAUUUUUUGUAUGUCCUGAAUUGCAUUUAUAGACAUGACUUUUUCAAGAAAUGAUACACCAGAAAAUUACAAAAUGCUGUAGAUUUAUUAUCUUUUUUAAUAUUCAUCUGCCUGAAUUUUAAAAAUUCAAAUAUUGAACAAAUAUGUGGAGUACGGCAACCACCAACACACAUCUCAAGAAAAACAGCCGCAAAAUUUUAGGUUAUGAAUAGUUUGCUUAUUUAUUAUUAAUUAAAACAUUAUUUAUAAUAACAAAUCGUGUUUGAUUAAUACAGUAAAUGGAAUAGAAAUAACGCAUAUUAUAUAAAUGUUAUAAAGAAAAAUGGUGCGUCUAAAAAAUAGAUAUAUAGUGUUACAAAUCGAACCGAGAGACCCCAAAGACAGUUCAAAUUUCACACUCUCCUCCGAUGCAAUUAUGCAAGUGAUAAAAGAUAAAAUUGAGCAGUUACAUGGUGAUUUUGGUAUGGCCUCGAUUCAAGCCGGCUUCACAGCAAAGUACUGCAACGAAUACACGAAAAUAGCCAUCGCUAGAGCGAGACAUGGACCCCACAAGCUCGUAACUAGCAGUAUACCCUUCAUUAACAAGAUAGGGUCGCGAAAUGUGAACGUCAGAAUAUUAUACAUCGGCGCGACAAUUAAAAAAUGUUUUUGUUUUAUUAAACAGUACCAGGAAAAGGCUUUCGAGGAGGUGUGCGUUAAAUUAAAGACUCCCGAGGAACGUAGGGCUGUUAGAGAAGCGAUUAAUAACUUCCAGAGUGCUUUAAAAUCCAUGGAAUAGAGUAAUAAGAGAAAAAUUC